UUGCCCAGCUAGAGGAAACAGCACAGGAGACGGAGAGCUUCCGUAGCCUCACUCUCUUUUGAGUUGAAUUCAAACAGAUUGCUAAUGAGAUGUAAUGCACGGAAGGUGAACUGUACAAACUACAUUUCACAUAUUUUCAUUUUAAAAAGGUUUGUGGUCGCAUCGUUUGAUUGAACAUUGCCUAUGUAAGCGACGACUCAAUCUUGACUAAAUAUGUCCCGUUCAGGACGUUUAAGUCGACUUUUAAAUGAUUAUUAUGUUUAUAUUAAUAAAUCAGGACCAGUACUAUUUUCUCAAGACGUCUCAAAACUAACAAGUGUCUAGAUAUGUGCAUGAACACCCCACAAGUUUAAAGUCUACAGCAUUACAACGUAUCAUAUACCUAUUUUUGCCUACUUGGUCUAGGAAUGAUUGACAGCAUGACGUCAAAAAGCUACCCAGAAGAUCCCCAGCAAUCUCCACCUGCACGAACAGCAUUAUUCCAGCAAGGGGAUGGUAAAACAUACAGAAUUCCUGCUCUGAUCUACAUCAGUGAUGGUCAGACUUUCCUUGCUUUUGCUGAAGAGCGCAGCUCUCCAUGUGACAGUGAUGCAAAAUUGCUGGUCAUGAGGAGGGGAUUGCUGCUAAAUGGAUCUCUUGAAUGGUCUCCUGUUCAAACACUCUCUUCUGCCAGUUUGCCGGAUCAUCGCACUAUGAAUCCUUGUCCAGUCUAUGAGAGGAAAUCCAAAACCAUCUAUCUGUUUUUUGUAUGCAUAUUGGGCAAUAUCACGGAAUAUCAUCAGAUUGCUACGGGUAGGAACCAAGCCCGGCUGUGUUAUGUCACUAGUACAGACUAUGGCCAGAGCUGGAGCAAGUUAACAGAUUUAUCUAAUAGCGUUAUUGGAGAUGAGAUUCGCAAGUGGGCUACUUUUGCAGUAGGACCAGGACAUGGGAUUCAGAUGAAAAGCGGAAGACUAAUCAUUCCAGCUUAUGUUUAUUACAUACACUGUAGAUGUUUUCCCUUUCAUUUUCCACUCAAAGUCAGGCCUCAUGCUUUAUCAUUCUAUAGUGAUGAUUGUGGCGUCACCUGGCAGAUGGGGGAGAAAAUCCAAAUGAAAUCCUGUGAAUGUGAGAUGGCUGAGAUAAUAGAGUGUGCUGAUCAGAGUCGUUUGUACUGCAAUGCCCGUAGUACAUUUGGCCACAGAGUAGAGGCUUUAAGUAAAAGCAGCGGAGCAAAUUUUGACAACCCUCACGUUGCAAGGAAACUAGUGGAGGCCCAUCACGGCUGCCAGGGUAGCGUGUUGAGCUUCCCCGUGCCCGAGCCAUCGGAGGAAGGGGAGCAGAAACCAAGUGAUUGCUUGACUAAGUCAGACACAAAAACUUGGUUACUCUACUCCCAUCCAACUUCUAAAAAGAAAAGGAAGGAUCUUGGAGUUUACUUGAAUAAAUCACCCUUGAAUUCUUCUGGUUGGGGCCGUCCAUGGAUCAUCUGUAAUGGUCCCAGUGGAUACUCGGACUUGACGCAGUGUGGGGAGCGAUUUGCCUGCCUCGUGGAGUGUGGAGAGAAAAGUGAGAUUGAGGAGAUAGCCUUUUUGGAAUUCAAGCUCAGCGAUGUAUUGCGCACUUGAAAUGAUAUAAGAGCAAAUGAAAUGUGGGAUCUUUUAACAUUUGCUUUUGGGUUAGAUUUACAUCUUUCUACAGGAUAAAAUAAAAUGCAUUUUGAAUGGUU